AUGGAUACAGUACUCAGAGGCUCGAUCCAGGCUCAGCUCGUUUCAACAAGUUGUUGCAAAGCGCAUUGGAUCAUAACCUUCAGCCAAUUUGGCGAGUGCAUCAAUGCAGAGCUUUCUGGAAACACUGUCUGGUAUACACGGGAAACUUUUGGAGAAGUCUUGGAUUCGAUUGAGUUUCGCAUCAAUGACGGAGUUCCACCAAUUGACGAGAUGAAAGGUCACAUGUGGCUUCCAGAACAACUUAUGAAGCACCAGGAAUUCUGUCGCUCUGCAGAGUGGGUGUGGGGAGUACUUUGGCUGUAUACCCACAUUGGCUACAUUGAGGAAGUUUCUACAGCUGGGAUCUCUCUUGACCAGCUAUUGGAGCUGCUGGUUGACAAACAAUUAGAAGCCCUAAUCUAUGUUGGAAUGGGACGCUUACAAGUCGAAAACGACGAUAUGCGGGGUUGUUCGCGUACUGAAAGCGACGACGGACAGGAGGCAAGAUCCCUCGAGACCAUUGGUGACGUGCACUGUCACCCUGAGCAUUACGAAGGAAAACGGGAGCGGCUGGAAGGGGCUACUGGUCUGGGCAAAGUCUGUCUGGAAGGGAAAAUUCGAGGAAGUAUUUGA